UUCGAUGGAAACAUGAUGAUGACGUACCACUGCUCUAAGAUAAAGGCAGCCCCUCCACCCAUUAAAUCCUGUCUGCUGCUGCUUGAGUGAGGUCCACUGGAGCUGAAGGUGUGACUGACCCUCAAAAAGAGGCGGGAUUAUUCAGCCUGUCGGGAAAAUCUGCCUGUCAGGGUUUACAUCCUGUUAAACUUAACAGAAAGGAGGGACAAGGUUCAACAACAAGUCCUCAAAUGAAACAGAGAGUUUGUCAGAGCAUCAGAGGAGCUGGAGUCCAGAUGAGUCUCUGUUUCUAACCAAAGAACAAUUCAUUCACGAGUCCGUCAGGUGUUUCUCAACAUAGCGGCGUCUCUGACGAACACUGUGUUUGGAUAUGGCUGCAGCCAGUUGUCUACUGUCUGAAGAUCAGUUUCUGUGCCCCAUCUGCCUGGAUGUGUUCACUGAUCCAGUCACCAUAUCAUGUGGACACAACUUCUGCAAAAACUGCAUCACUAUAAACUGGAAUGUCAACGUCUCCCUACAGUGUCCCAUGUGUAAACAGAUCUUUCCCACCAAACCUGAACUGCACAUCAACACUUUCAUCUCUGAGAUGGUCGCUCAGUUCAGACAGUCAGCUCAACAGAAAGCCAGCAGCAGCAGCUCACAGCAACAAGCUGCCAAACCAGGAGAAGUUCCCUGUGACGUCUGCACUGGAACCAAACUGAAGGCCCUGAAGUCCUGCCUGGUGUGUCUGGUCUCCUACUGUGAGACUCACCUGGAGCCUCAUCUGACAAUGUCAGGCCUGAAAAGACAUCAGCUGAUGGACCCUGUGGAGAACCUGGAAGACAGGAUGUGUACGAAGCACGAUAAACCUCUGGAGCUGUUCUGUAAGACCGACCAGACAUGUGUCUGCACACUCUGUCCUGUUUUAGACCACAAGACACAUGAUGUUGUUCCUCUGAAAGAAGGAUAUGAAGAAAAGAAGGCUGAGCUGGAGAAGACAGAGGCUGAAAUUCAGCAGAUGAUCCAGAAGAGACAACGGAAGAUUCGGAAGAUCAAACGGUCAGUCAGCCUCAGCAAGAAAAAUGCAGACGGAGAAAUAGCAUAUGGUGUUCAGUUUUUCACUGAGCUGAAGAAGUUUGUUGAGCAAAGCAUGAAGAAGCUCUUUAAGGAAAUUGAAGAGAAGCAGAAAACAUCAAAGAAACAGGCUGAUGACGUAAUCAAAGAGCUGGAACAGGAAAUCUCUGAGCUGACGAAGAGAAGCGUUGAGGUGAAGCAGCUCUCACGCUCUGAAGACCACCUCCAUCUUCUCCAAAGCUUCUCAUCCCUGUCAGCCGCCCCACCCACCAAGGACUGGACAGAGAUCAGAGUCCGUCCAUCAUUUUAUCGGAGAAUUGUAGAGCGAGCUGCAGCUAAUCUGAUGGAGGAAGUCCGUGAAGGGAUUGCUCAUCUGUUUAAAACUGAGCUGAAUUGGGUCCAGCAGUCUGCAGUGGAUGUGACUCUUGAUCCUGAUACAGCACAUCCUGCUCUCAUCCUGUCUGAUGACGGGAAACAAGUGCAUCAUAGUGAUGUAAAGAGGAAUCUCCCAAACAACCCUGAGAGAUUUUCCAGCUGUAUUUGUGUCUUGGGAAAACAGAGUUUCUCUUCAGGCAGAUUUUACUGUGAGGUUCAAGUAAAAGGAAAAACUAAAUGGACUUUAGGAGUGGCCAGAGAGUCGAUCAACAGGAGAGAGAACAUCACACUGAGCCCUCAGGAAGGUUACUGGACAAUUUCUUUGAGAAAUGGAAAUGAGUACAAAGCUCUGGAUGAACCUUCAGUCUGUCUCUCUCUGAAGUCUCAGCCUCAGAAGGUGGGGGUGUUUGUGGAUUAUGAGGAGGGUCUGGUCUCCUUUUAUGACGUAGAUGCUGCAGCUCUCAUCUACUCCUUUACUGGCUGCUCCUUCACUGAGAAACUUCACCUGUACGUUGGUCCUUGUCCUAAUGACAGUGGUAAAAACUCUGCACCUCUGAUCAUCACUCCUGUCAAUCACACUGAAUAGAGCAAUUAUUUGAUUUUGCAUGGAAGUGAUCAGUGUGAAUAGCAAUCCGACGACCCGUCCAGGGGUCCUCAUAAGGUUUUAUUUAAUGAUUAUAAUAUGUAAAUAACUGCUGUAUUUGCUUUGUUUAACUGAUUUACUCAUAAAACCUAUUGUUCAAAAGCCACGCUCCUUGUGGUUCGAUUGAUGUUGACCAUUUCAAGAUACAAUCACCACAGCAGGUACAAUGGUGGCAUCAGGGGGAAAAGCGCCGGGACAAGGGCGAAAGGUACGGUGACAAAUGUCCCAGUGGGGUAGGCGGGAGGGUUG